UACCAACGCUAGUUCCAUGGCUCCCAAAAACGCCGGUGUGCUCUGCUACGGCCGCACACGUAGCCACCAGGACUCGUGGUUCUCGCAUCAGUGCUACGACAAGCCGUCCAGAGUAUCUCACUGCUUGCCGCAUACGACUGCUGAGCAACACUGCCCUAACACAGCCGCUUGUCGAGACGACGCGUGAGCAGCUCGCCACCACAAUUACGCCAUCGAUGCGACGCAAUACAGUUACCUUACUCAUGCUGCACGCAGCGAGGGCGCUGCGGUGCGCCCCGCUGCGCACGCGGCGCACGCUCGCACUCCGCAGCACACAGCCUCGCAUCUACGACGCCCCAACUUUAUACGACGCCGCGUUCGGCUUCCGCGAUUUUGAAGAUGAAGUGGAUUUCCUCUGCGCAGCGCACGAAAAACAUGGAAACACGGGCGGCGCGCCUUCCAAAAUCCUGGAGCUGGCGGCGGGGCCGGCGCGGCACGCCGUCGAGGCGUCAAAGCGAGGCGUCGACGCGACGGCUAUUGAUUUGUCGGAGGCGAUGGUGAAAUGCGGUACACAAAUUGCGAAAGAAGAGGACGUAGCACUAGACUACCGCGUGGGCGACGUGCGGGAAGCCUUGCCAUUCGACAAAGUGUGCAGCGCGUGGCUGCUCCUGGGGUCCGUCGGCCAUUUGUUGACGAACGACGACGCGUUACAGUGUUUCCAAAAUGCACGCAAAGCGUUGGCGGACGGCGGGACACUAAUCUUGGAGCUGCCGCACCCGCGCGAGACCUUCCGCGUCGAUGGCGUAUCAGAGGACGGGUGGGACGUGCCCUUCGAGGGCGGCGACCUGCGCGUGCGCUGGGGUGCUGAAGACGAUGUGUUUGACCCGCUCACGCAAAUCAGGCAAGCUUCUGUGGCUUUCGAGGCCGACGGUACAUCGAUAACAGACGUCGUCCCGACGCGCGAGUACACGCUCCAGGAACUCAGGUUGUUAUCAAAGGCGGCGGGAUUUCGGGAAGAAGUGGCGACGUACGGCGCGCUCGACCCCGAAUUCGUGGCCGCGGACGACGACGAGCUGGCGUACCGGCUUGUUGUUGUACUGACUGCGUAGCGCAUCGGCGACGGCGUUAAUAUUCUGUUUUGUGAGUGCUUGCUAUCUGUCAAGGGCUAGGACUCGUGCGCGGAGCGCUCAAGUGUCG